GCACUCCUGAUCCGGAACACGUACAAACCGCCCCCGCAUCGAACGUAACCGAACCCAGCAUUCGUGCCGCCGCCGCAUCGCCCGCGCCCGACAGCCACCGCAUGUCUCCCGACGUGGCCGAACGCAUGGAAGAGAAGCGCGACACUAUUUCCAGGUACUCGGACAGCGGCGAGACGGCGUCGUCCCCUGGGUCUUCCACUGCCCUCUCUUCCUUCCCCCUCCUGAGCCCGGGCCCGCUCACGCCGACGGAUGCCGAGCCUGCCUUCGCGCACAUGCGGUCCUUCCGUCUCGCCUGGGACGAUCCGCCUCCCACCCCCGACCGGCGCCCCGUAUCCUUGCAGUCGGGUCGGCGUGCGGCGUAUCGCCGGUCGCAGGGCGGAGAUGGCUACCUCGCUGCAACGGCGAUGGAGAAUUACGAUCGUAAUUCAGUGUACGCUGCGUAUCUCGCGCGAGAAGGUGGACGGAGCGAAGUCACUCUGGGUCAGCCGCCUGAGUACAGUCGAUACUAGCGGGCGUUCCAUGCAUCGACAAAGCUCGAUGUGGUAGAUUGAAAGUGAUAUCAUGUAUCAACUUCAUAUUCCCUGUCAAUGAGACGUUGAUUGGUGAAGCGUGGCAGGGUCGUCACUUGAUCGUCCCGACAGUGACCGGGCCUGCUCAUGAACGUAAAGUUGUUGAUUUCCC